AUGGAGGAGGAAGUUUCCGAAUACGGCAGUGGGUGUGAGUCUGGUUGGACGAUGUACCUGGGGCCGUCCCAUGAGAAGGCUGCCUCUCGUCUCACGAAAGGUGGUGAUAGUCAAGAGUUAGAUGAGGAGGAAGAAGAAGGGUUUUCGAUGGUCUCCGACGCUUCUUCCGGCCCUCCGCAGGUCCAAGAGGACGUGUACUGCUACUACAACCAGCACAUCGGCGAGAAGAACGGCUGCUUCAUGUCUUCCUCUUCUCCAUCUUUCCCCACCGCUCCACUGCAGAACGAAUGCAGCAAGAGGAGGAGGGUGGAGACAGACGGUCCGAAGCAGCGAAAAGGUCCCGGCAGAUGCUUGGACGAUACCGCUAGUUCUCCCUUCAUCGACUUCUCCAGAAACGUCCGUGGGGAAAUUCCAUUGUCGUGGUUUUAUACAACCUCUACAUUCUUCCUUGCUCGCACUCUUCUCUCGAGCCUAUAUCAGGAAACAUCUCUCCAUCGGGUUCCUCUGAUCUUCGCAGCCCGACUUCAACAUCUCCGGCGAUAG